AUGCCGUACUCCAAGUACAGUGGGACGCUUCAAGGAGGAAGUCUGUUCACAGAGGGCCCCGGGGCACCAGUCGUUCAUAUCGCAACAUACAAGGAUGGAGGAGUUGGGGACUUCGAAUCUCCUGCGGUCAGAAAGAUUGUGGGAGCCUCGACUGGAGGCGAAGUGCAUGAUCAGUUCAAGAACUACACUCUGCAAGAGUGGUUCUACGAGAAAGCUGUCAGAGCUAAAGACAUCGAAGAUAGAAAAUCGUCAAAACAGAACGUCAACCGAACAAGAUUGGUGGAUGCUACGAAAGACCUUAUCAAGUCGGGGGCAUCGGAGGUGACGCAAACGAUAGGAGCUAUCCCCGACCAUAUCGGAUCAUGGCUUGGCGGCGUCUCGAGCAUCAUCGAAGAGAUUGCAGCUGCCGGCCAGAAGAAGUCAGUGCUGAACGAAGAGCAACUCCAAACAUUGCGGCUCACCAGACAAUACGCAACUAAAGGGGUGGAGGCUUUGAUGGAGGGAGAGACGGCGCUGGAGAUUGCGAGAAACAAGCAGCGCGACUCACAGAUGGUUCAGCAGAAGAUCAACAAGAUGAAGCUGACCAAGCACGAGAGCGAAAACAACGAAGCAGGCUCAAAGCUCUCGAAGCUCCCGUCCUCGCUCACCGUUCAUGUUCAUGGAGCCAAGAACUUGCCGAAGAUGGACGCAUUCCUGGGAAAGGUAGAUCCCUUUGUUGAGGUCACGGUUAUAGACAGCCCUGAAUCGCGAAAUCUCCCGCAAAAAGAUCGAACGAGUGUCUUGUAUUCCAACUUCAAUCCAGAAUGGAAUGGUUUGCAGCUCUCUUUUACUCUGUUCUAG